AAAUUAAUAUGAGUAAAAAUGAUAAAAAUCAAAAGUUGACUGCAUAUGAAAGUUAUAAGAAAAUAGAAUCUGAAAUAAAAUUUCAAACUAAUCUGCUAGAGAAAUCAAAUCCAACAAUAAAAUGUCCAAUACAUUAAUUCAAUUAUUCAAAAAGUUGUAGGUAGUAUCAAAUUUGAAUAAUUAGAUAAUGCAAGAAAAUUGUGGUUGAAGAAGUACCAACAUAUUAAGAAAAAUCAAUCAAUAUGGAUAAAUACCAUUAUGAUGUUGGGGAUAGAGGAGACAAUAUAAUUCCAAUGUAUUUAUUAAAAUCUAAAAAUAAAAGUCGAGGAGAAAAUGCAAUCAGCAAUAUGAAUUCAUUAGUUCGAUAAAACAUUCUUACAUGUCCAUAUUAUAAAGAAUUAUUACAGAUACGAGAUAUUAAUGAUAUUAUAGCAGAGACAGAUAAGAUUGUCACAUCUGUAGGUACUUGGGCUGGACCAGGAGUACCCUCAUCAUUCUUUUGUAUUUUACAUAAAUUGAUGAGUAUGAAUAUAAAUGGUAAGAUUAUAUUGAAUAUUUAUUUAGUCAAAUAAUUACAAUUUUUAUGUGAUUGGAAAUUGAAUCCAUAUGUACGAUGUUUAGGAUUAUUGUAUUUGAGAUAUGCUUUAGAUCCAAAUUUCUUAUGGGGAUGGAUGAGAAGGUUUAUUUUAGAUGAAUAAGGUAAUCAACACUAAUUAAUACAUUUUUAGAAUUUAAACCUGCUAAAGAUGAAACAAUUACUAUUGGUGAUUAUUGUGAAAGAUUACUUACGGAUUUAAAUUAUUAUAAUACUCGAUUACCACGUAUUCCUUAAUAAAUUGAUACAAUAAUAUAAGCUAAAAUAUUGUUAUCUUAAGAAAAAAGAUAAAGAAGAAAUAUUAAUCAAAGAAUUAUGCCACUCCUAUAAACAGGUGUAUCUGUAAGAGCAAUCUCACAAAAAGAUGAUGAAUGGCAUGUAGGAAAAAUAGAAUCUGUUGAUGGAACCUAUCUUAUCAUAUAAUUUGAAGAAGAUAAAGAAAGAAUUAGUUUAGGAGAAAUUGAAUUCAUUCCUAAAAAUGACGAAUAAAGAUUAUAUAUUGCUUAAAUGAUUACAGAAGGAAUGUAAGAAGGAUAAAUCUAAUUACCUUAGGAAGUCAUUUCAUUAAAAUCACCUUCCAAAUCUAAAUCUAAAUCUAAAUCUAAAAAAAAAAGAAGAUCAAACUCUAGUAGUAAUCAAAGUAGUAGUACUAGUAGAAGCAAAAGUAGACGUAAAAGUCAUAAAAAAAAGAAAAAUAAGCAUAAAUCAUAAAAAGAACACAAAAAGAAAAAAGAUAAAAAAAAGGAUAAAGCAAAAGAAAAAGAAAAAGAAAAACAAAAUAAAAAAAAAGAAAGAUAAAAAUCUAAUAGUCCAGAAUUAGGUCAAUAUGAAACUAAUAAAGAGAGAUAAGAAAGAUUAGAAAAAGAAAUUAGAAGAAAAUAAAUGGAUAAGGCUGUUGCACAUUCUAAAUAAGAUGUUGCUAAAAUACCUGCUUCAUAUAAAACUUCUUUGGCUGCAGCAUUACCAACUUCAACAAAACCAGUUAGAUAGAAUAGUCCAUCUCCUAUUAAAAAAAAAGAAUAAUUUAUUGAAUUAGGUAUCUCGGAGUCGAAUAAUACAAAAUUUGAAAAAGAAUCAAAAAAUGAUGUAAUAUUUUAUAAUAAUUAGCUAAAUAAUCCAUUUUUAAAAGAAUUAAUUAAAAAAUAUGGUGACGAUAAUGUUUGA